AUGCAAUUCAUAAAGAAGCACAAAAAAAUUCUAUUUUAAAAUAUGAACUACAAACUUCAAUUGAUAGUGUACAAAAUAUUUUAUUUGAUCGAAUUAGACGAUUAAAAUUACAUGAUGACUAUUUUGAAAUUAAUAAUCCAGCAUCUGAAGAUAAUAUUAAUACAUUUUUUAAAAUAAUGGCUCAAAUUGAUCCUGAAUUAGAUAAAAUUUAUGGUCAAUCAACAUCAGAAAGAUUUUGUCCAUCAGCAAUGAACAUAGCUACUAAUGAAGAAAUAAGUGAAAAUAAAACUAGCAAAUUUAUUAAUUCAAAAAUUAGACAAAUCAAACUUCAAUUUACACUUGAUAGUUUAUGCUAUACAUGUGGGUCACAAUUAUUACCAGAAGAUCAUGAACUUUCAGAUCAAAUAA